CUCGCCCAAUUUUUGCGGCGCUGGCCAACUUCGCCGCGCGCGGCAGAGCUCUCGCAUGCCAAGCUGCACCCCAGCCGCUGCUGCACGGCUCCACAAGCUCACGAGUAUCCGCAUUCGAGCUGAGCACGAACAGAGGGAUCCUCAACACCACGACGAGCAUCAGAGCGUGAAGCAUCGGUCUCUGGAGGCGCUAGGGCGCGCCGCAAUCUCUACGCGCGCUCUCUGCGGGUCCGCGGCGCGCCUCUCCACUCCCACGUCCCACGACGCUCCCCAAGCUGAUCUGCCGGCGAGCACGAGCCUGCGGUGUCCAAGAACGCAGCGGCAACUAGCUGUGAACAGCUGUGCUCGGAGCGAGGGGCUCGACCCAUCCGUACGGCAGGCUGGCUCACACGCACAGCCCGGCUGUCCGGCGCUCAUCGUCCUCGAGCGCGCACUGAGCUCGGGCCCCUCGAUCAUCGCGGCAGCUGCUCGAGCACCUGUCAAGCGCCACUCGCGCACGAGCCGGGGCUGUGGGCCUGACGUCUGCAUGUGUGCUGCCGGGCCGCUGCGAGUGACAUCACGGCCCGCAGCAGCUGCACACAGGUGCCAGCACGCUCGCGCUCGCCCGGCUUCGUCUUAAAGGCGCAGCUGCCGGGCGAGCGUCCAGCUCGGCCCCACCACUGCCUUGCUCUCCUUCGUACGCUUUGCAGCCACUAUGGAGGCACCUCAGCCACCUACCCACGGCCGCGAGGUCAAGAAGGCGCGCGCCGUCUCGCUGGCGCUCCUGCCGCUGCUUCUCUCAAACCCGCCCUUCAUUCCGGCGAGCCUCAAGUCCGAUGAGCUCAACCAGCGUCACCAGGUGGUGAGUGCAUGUGG